CUGCGCGGUUAUGGUGUUGCCGGAAGUUUGUCAUAGAAGUUUGUCCAAUAGAUUACAAUGUUCCGUUCAAUUGUCUAAUCGUAUUUCACGUGGGCGGGCGAUAUUGCGUGCAACUAGCCCUAGCAUGGAACACAGAUAUCAACUGUAAACCGCAGUCUGUCUUCUACACGCUUUUAUAUCCACCUGCGUGAAGCAGUGCAGAUUAUAGCGAAUAUAGAUAGCAUACAGCUCGUAAAGUGUAUACUUGUUUACUUCAAAACGGAGCAGUAUGUUCACUAUUGCCCGACUAGUAUUGGCUGCUCAGUUAGCUAGCUACAGAAUAGCUAGCGUCACUAGACUAGGCUAGCUAACAUGGAAGGUGGUGCAAGCUGACCUGUCAACAUUAAACCACCACUGGCUGUGCUGAAUUGAAGGCCGUAAGAAGAAAGUCACCAUGGACUCCUGCUCUGACGUCUCCCUCCCAUCUAAUUAUAAUAGCAGCAGCACCAGCAUUACCGAACUGCUGGGUGCAUUGUGUGAUAGCAGUCUUUCGGGGGUGUCAUGGAAACGGCGCGCCCUGGGGGGCAUCUCCCGAGAUGCAGUCCGACGUUCCCUCAGAAAGCAAGCCUACGGGGCACUACUCUCCAAACUCUUCCUGGAAGGACCCCUGAAAAGGCCCUCCUCGUCAGUAUCUAAUAUUACCUCCACCACGCCGCCCAGAAAUAAAGUUCUGAUGAUCUCCUUCGAUCUGCGGGUGGCUGGCUGCCAGGACGAAGCAGAGAGGCUGGAGGAUCGGCUUGACAGGCUGGCAGAGGGACCCGCGUCAGGACUCGGGGAACUCAACUCGGUGUUGGAACUCCUGGUGCAGCUAGCUGGCUCGGCACCCCCACCUCCCACCUCCUUCAGCAGAGACUACAUGCGUAGGGAGAGGCCCGUGCUCCGCAGGCCUCCCCUGGGGGGCUACCAGAGUGAGGAGCUCCAGAGGCUGGAGGCUCGGGCCUGGGCUCUGGUGUGUGGGGAGGAGUGGGGCUCCCUGGGAGGGAUGUGUGGGACUCUGGGGCUGAUGGAGGCUCUUCCAGGAACGGGCCUGCUGGCUCUUGGGAGGAGGGCAGAGGUGGAAGAGAAGUUUGAGAGAGAGACCAGGAUGUCGCUGUUUGGGGCGCUUCUGCACACCCGUACCUCCGAUCUGGACAUCAGACUGGACCUGCCGCCUGUGCCCAGCAAUGCUGAUGUCACAGGGCUGGCCAUACGGGUGCCACCUUAUUUGGACCAGUCUGAGGACGAGGGUUUCCAGUCGGCCUCAAACCUGACCCCAGACUCCCAGUCGGAACCUAGCCCCAGCCCUGAGCUCGAUGUCUGGGAGGCCAUAAGGACCUUUGAGCCUGGACGACGUCGCUGCUGGGAAUGCAUCGGCUGCCCCCCGGGUAAGAGGGAGGCCCCCUACCUCUCCGAGGGGGGUCGUGAGGCCUUUGACCAGCUCUACAGGCUGUGGGAGGGGGAGAUGAGGGUGGUCAGUUCGGCCACCCCCUCUCCACUCCUACCUCUACCCUUGGACUCACAGACCCAGCUGGUCAGUGACCUCCUGAACGUUCUGAUCGGUGUGGCGUCCACUACCUUCCCUCUCAACCAGGUGUGUGUGCAGUUUGACGUGCGUCCGGGAGUGUGUGUGUCGGGUGCGUCUCCGGAGAGUGUGUCCCGUCUCCUGGGAGAUCUAGCGCAGUAUGGCACCCACUACCUGAGGCUGAGUCGCUUCUCCCUGCAGAGCGCCCACAAGAAAGGCCUGGUCUUCCAGGCCUUCACAGGCGGACUGAGGAAGUACCUGCAUUACUACAGGGCCUGUGUGCUCAGCACACCGUCCACGCUCAGCCUGCUCACCUUUGGGUUCCUGUUCCGCAAAGUGGGCAGACAACUCAGGUACCUCUCAGAGCUGUGUUGUGUGGAUGGAGCCUGUGGAGUUGGCCAGGCUACGUUCCCUGUGGGAGUGAAGCUGCUGUCCUGCCUGUACAACGAGGCCCAGAGCAACUGCAGUAAUGAGAACUACCUGGUCCUGCUGUCCCUGCUGAAGAGCAGCUGUGAGCCCUACACACGGUUUGUGUCUGACUGGGUAUACAGUGGUGUGUUCAGAGAUGUGUAUGGGGAGUUUAUGAUUCAGGUCAACGAGGACUACCUGGGCUGCAGAGACAAGCACUUCUGGGUGCAGGGCUACACCCUCAUCUCCAGGGAGGUGGAGGCCUGCGUCCCCGUCUUCCUCCGACACAUCGCUAACGACGUCUACGUCUGCGGCAAGACCAUCAACCUGCUCAAGAUCUGCUGUCCCCAGCACUACAUCUGCGGGUCGGAGCUGCCCGUGCCUCGUAUCUCCGUCACCUUCUCCCUGCAGGAAGUGGAGGAGAUCGAGAGGGACUGCGCCGUGUACCGUGGACGCGUGGAGAGGAUCGCCAAGCACAGCGCCAUCAGCAGGGAGGAGCAGGCCCUACGCACAGAGCAGGCACGCCAGGAGCUGAUCAAUCAAGUCAGAGAUUCAGCAGCCAAGACCCUGGAGAGCAUCCGUGGGCGACAGGUGUCCCAGCGUCUGGUGGAGGAGGCGAGGAAAAGGGAGCGCUUCGAGGAACUGAGACAGCACCUGGAGCAGGAACUAGAGUGGCACAGCGCAGCCAAGAAGAAGGAACAGGAGGACGACUACAGCUUUGCCCGGGAGCUGAGAGACCGAGAGAAGAGGCUGCAGGCUCUGGAGGAACAGCUGGAGAUACGAGCCAGGAAAGAGCUGAUUGCUCAGUACAGCCACCUAUCGGAGGAGGCUACCAGGAGGGAGAGGCGGGCCUUAUGGAGGGUGCAGCGAAUGAGACUGGACGAGAGCCGGGCCCAGUUCCUACUGCAGGACCAGCUGCACAUUGAGGCCCUGCUGAAGAGAUAUCCUCUGGGACAGACGAAACCUCCUCCUGAAUCUCUUCUACCUGCUUCCUCCGCUCAGCAGGAGCCUGAACCAGCACUGGUGUGGAAUGUUCCUGGGUCAGUGGAUCCGGAGGGAUCUGGGCUCCCCCUGGGGACACCAAGGCCUCCCCUCAAGCCCCCCUCUGCUACUGAAGACCCUGCCCUCACCUCCCAGGACACCAAGCUCACCCAGCUCCUUCCCCGUCCCGGGGACAGCCAGCAGGUGGAGCAGGCACUGCAGGAGAUUGGAUCUGACCUCCCCGAAGGCCCAACCCAACCCCAACCUCAACCUCAAACCCAACCACAGUCAGAUGUAGACUAUGACUUCAGCACCCCCUUCAGUCCUCUGGGGGGAAUGCUGGAGCCAGACCAGCCCCCAGCCGUGGCUCCUGACCAGCCCCAGAACAGGGCUCUCUGGGGGCCCAUGAUUCAGCCAGACAUCCCACUCUCCCACCCCUCAGACUCCCACAUCCCCAUAGGGGAAAACAUGUCAGAUGUCCUGGAGCGUCUCCCCAGGCCCAGUCCCCACGGCCAGGCCUCCCAGUCCAGUUUCCCUCUGGGCCAGUAUACCCCCGACGUCCCCAUCGCCGCCCCCCACAAGCCUGGCCUUCAUGGACACCCCUCCCAGACCUCUCUCCAGCUCGCAGACGGUACUGAGACCAAGAUGAUAGAUAGCUGUGUCUCCUGUUUUCUACCAGCAGCAGAACAGGAAUUGACAGCCGUGACUGGGACAGCGGGGAGUGUGGAGAAGGCUAGCCAGGGCCCAGGGAACAAGGCUGGGAAAGAGAGCGAACAGAGUCAGCUGGAGAACCAGACAGCUGGUGCUCUGAUCUCCCCAGAAAAGAGGCACGGCAGUGGGGAUCUCCGAUGCCAGUCCCCCCCUUCCCUGUCGAUCCCAAUCACAACCAUCCCCGCUCACGUGUCCGACACUUGUACUACAGUCAGGGAGAAUGCAUCAGUGGCAGACUACCUCCACACGCGGUCCAUCAAUGUGUCACAUGACCGCGUCAAGGAGGGCGAGGGCGUUCCCGAGGUGAUUAACUCUCAGCCAUCGCUGAACGCGCACGGCCGCCCGUCUGACGCCCGCCCGAGGGGCGGGGAGUUUUUGUCGGCGGCGACCCCCCCUCGGCCGCCCGCGAGCGUUCACGGUCAGAUCUCGGACGCGCACAUCCAGAUCGGGGAAUACGUCUCCGACGCGGUCACGGCUCGGCCGUCCGCCAACGUCCACGGUCACUCGUCCGACGGCCACAUCAAAGUGGGGGAGAACGUUUCCGACAUGGUGGUCGCCCACCCCGCCCCCAACGUCCACGGCCACGCCUCAGACUCCCACAUCAGGGUCGGGGAAAACGUCUCAGACGUGAGCCCCCUGCUGCCCUCCCCCGGCGUUCACGGCCACGCCUCAGACGCUCACGUCAAGGUCGGGGAGUUUGUGUUUGACGUGGAGACCCAGAGGCCGCGCUGGAGCGAGCACGGUCACGCCUCCGACAGUACCCUCCAAGUGGGCUGCGUGAUGUCGGGUUCGGAAGUAGCUACGUCAUCUUUACCUGGCAGCACAUUCGGACACUCCUCAGACUCAACAUUAGGUGCAGGGUGUGUGGUGUCAGGAAGCGUACCCCUUCCCUCACCCCUACCAGGCAGUCAAUAUGGCCACUCCUCAGACUCAACAUUAGGUGCAGGGUGUGUGAUGUCAGGAAGCGUACCCCUCCCCUCACCCCUACCAGGGAGUCAAUAUGGCCACUCCUCAGACUCAACAUUAGGUGCGGGGUGUGUGAUGUCAGGAAGCGCACCCCUUCCGUCACCCCUACCAGGAAGUCAAUAUGGCCACUCCUCAGACUCAACAUUAGGUGCAGGGUGUGUGAUGUCAGGAAGCGUACCCCUCCCCUCACCCCUACCAGGGAGUCAAUAUGGCCACUCCUCAGACUCAACAUUAGGUGCAGGGUGUGUGAUGUCAGGAAGCGCACCCCUUCCGUCACCCCUACCAGGAAGUCAAUAUGGCCACUCCUCAGACUCCGCUCUUGGUGCAGGCUGUGUGGUGAAGGACCCUGGCAGACAGGACACUCAAGGGCCUAAAGCCUGGGCCUCGAGUGAGCAGCAGCUGCUGGAUGAGGGCAUCUCCUCCUGGGCAGCGAGCUUCGGCCGGCCCCAUGGAGCGGGUGCUGAGCAGGACUACCUGCUAUCCCUGGCGUCCCAGUACGAGGUCGAGCCAUACGAGGACUGCUCCAACCUCAUGAUGUUGUCCCCAGAGUGCCAGCUGCUGCAGCAGGUGACGCGGGGCCCCUGGGGGCUCCCCAUGGACCCCUCCCUCCGCAGGGCCACCGACACCACGCCCGUGCAGCUCAGCGAGAUGGUGUCUCUGCCCGUCCUCAUGAAGCACUCCGUCACCACCCCACUCAUCACACAUGUGUCCCUGGUAAACAAGGCCGUGGUGGACUACUUCUUCGUGGAGCUGGGGGUGGAGCGCCACUUUGAGGCCCUCCGGCACUUCCUGCUGAUGGAGGACGGGGAGUUCGCCCAGUCUCUCAGCGACCUACUCUUUGAGAAGCUGGCCAGUGGUCAGACUCCAGGAGAGCUGCUGACCCCUCUGGUCCUCAACUCCAUCCUGAGCAAGGCCCUCCAGUACAGUCUCCACGGCGACAACGCCCUGGCGCCCAACUUCACCUUCGCCCUGCGCUUCCUGCCCGAGACCUUCCACCCUCACGCCCCCGAUUCACUCAACUGUCUGGAGCUUCGCUACAAGGUGGACUGGCCGCUGAACAUCAUCGUCACCGACAGCUGUAUGAACAAGUACAACCGCCUGUUCUCCUUCCUGCUGCAGCUCAAGCACAUGGUGUGGAGCCUGCGCGACGUGUGGUUCCACCUCAAGAGAACAGCUCUACUGAAGGGUGCGGGCCGCUCGGUGCAGUUCCGCCAGCUGCAGCUGUACAGACACGAGAUGCAGCACUUUGUGAAGGUGAUCCAGGGCUACAUCGCUAACCAGAUCCUGCAGGUCUCCUGGAGCGAAUUCAAGACCAAGAUGGCCACCGUCAACGACCUGGAUGCCAUCCACCGCACGCACGCAGACUACCUCAACAGAGCCAUCUUCAGGGGUUUGCUGACGGAGAAGGCUGCUCCGGUCAUGAACAUCAUCCACAGCAUUUUCAGCCUCAUCCUCAAGUUCCGGGCCCAGCUCAUCACACAGCCCUGGGCCAGCCAGCAGGGGGAGGCAGUGCACCCCAGCUUCAUAGCCAUGCAGCAGUCCUACAACACCUUCAAAUACUACUCCCACUUCCUCUUCAAAGUGGUGACUAAACUGGUUAACAGGGGCUACCAGCCUCACCUAGAGGACUUCCUGCUCCGCAUCAACUUCAACAACUACUACAAAGACUCCUGAGUGUGUGUGUGUGAGAAAGAGUGUGUGUGUGUGAGAGAGAGUGAGUGUGUGUUCUACACCAUCUGUCUUGAUGCCAUAGCGAGUCCAAACCUGACUCUAUACCCAUUCUGAUGUAAAUAGUGUUUAGUCGAACGACAAUAGAAAAUAAACAACAAAGUUUGCGAUAGUGUUGUUUAAACAUAUGCAUUGAUACCUGCUGCAGUGCUGUAACCUGUAAAAGGGUACUUGUAACAUCCUGUUUUACAAAUGAUGUUGCCAAAUGUAACGUUAUUCCACACCUGAAGUGUGCCUGUCUGUGCAUCGUCAUGAAGUAUUCCCAUCCUAUGCCCAUUUAUUAAAUAAAACAUGUAACUUUGUGUAAAUAAAAAAUCUG